CUUCCCGGGGACCACAGGAGGCCUGGGGAGGACCUAGAGUGAGAUUAACACAGCCUUGGGUCAGAUUUGCUAGGGUCCGGAGUCUCUUUCUCAACCGCAUUGGAACUACAACUCCCAAGAUGCCCCACAUCCUUUGGCUGCUCCAGCCUUGGACUUCAUCGUCUCGGGGGUCCCGUAGCGUUUUAUGUUCCGCUUUCUAAGUGGCCCCAGGACUUUUCAUUUUCCUCUGAAGAUGCCCAGUGUCCUCUUGGAAAUUAAAUGUUUUAAUUUUAAAAUUUCCCCCAGACUCCUAUGGGUGUUGUUUUUGACCUUUCUUGCUUAAGGCGGAGCCCAGUUACGGGGACUGUAGUCCAUUUACUGUUUUCGCCUCAGUGUCCCAAGGACUUAUGGGAAAUGUACAGUGAUAAGUUUUAGGCUUGUUUCUUUUCUUUUCUCUUAUUUUCUUUUCUUUUAUAAUGUUUUAUUUAUUAUUUUUGAGAGAGAAAGACAGCAUGAGCAGGGGAGGGCGGGGGCGACAAAGAAUGGGAAGCAGGCUCCAGGCUCUGAGCUGUCAGCACAGAGACCGUCUUGGGGCUCGAAUUCACAAACUGUGAGAUCAUGACCUGAGCCGAAGUCACGGAUGAUGCAAAAGAGAUACAGAUGCCCAGCCUCCUUCCAGAUAUUAUGAUUCUUUUGGCCUGGGGUGAGGACCUCACAUUUGUAUUUUUUAAAGUCUCCUAGAUUGGAUUAGGGUUAAGAGCCACCAGUUAGCAGUUCCUUGGUUUUCUGAGACUGCUUCAAGGGCUGGUGGGAAUCGAGCCUCUAGUAUCAUUAUCUUGAAUGUGCAGUGGCACUUCAUGGGAAUUAUAGUUCAUCUCUUCCAGGAAUCUAUGGGAAUUGUAAUCUGGUUCUGCCCUCCUCUUCCAACCUUGCAACCCGACUCCACCCUGCAACCCCCUAACAGGGCUGCACUGACCAUGCUCCGCUUGCCAGCCUUAAUCUCCCCUUGCAGUCUGCCAGUUUUCUCAGUCGGAGACAGCCCCUUUGAGGAUACUCCCCUGGAUCAAAGCCACUACUGGCCAUCCCGAAGCCAGACCUGGCACCCCAAGACCCUGAGCCCGUCCAGGUCCCAGAAGUCCAAGCUCCCCAAAGUUCCUAAGGCUCUGGCCACAGGUCCCAACUCCUCUGAGCUGUUUGAAGAGUCCUGGCCAUCCAGCUCAGAGACCCCUUCCCCACCUAGCACCACUGAAGAACAGAAGGGAGCCUCCCCACCACCCACCCUGGUUGACAGCCGGGAGUCCGUGGUGGCCAAGUACAUAAACCGGUUCCGCCAGGCUCAGCCUACAAGCAGAGAGGAACGCCAGCCUGCAGGCCCAGCUGACUUUUGGUGGCUGCGGCCUGAAUCUCCAGACACCAGCAGUCGACUUGCAGCAGCAGGAGCCAGUGAACCAGAAGGAAGACCCGACAUAGCAGUCUCAACUCUUGCCAAGGUGAUGAGCACAUCUCAGGCUAAGGCUGUGGCCCCCCUUCAGGAAAUGAAGCAGAGCCUCAGCACGUGGAACUCACCCCUGCUGGACCUGGAGACGCUGAGCCUGCAGAGCAGAGCUGCCAGGCUGCUCAAGCGCAGCAAGGCCUCAGUCUCCUCCUCCUCACUCAGCCCUAGCGAUGCCAGCGGCUCGUCAUGCCCCGUCAGCUCUGAUGGCCUCUCUGCCUUCUCCAUGACCUUCACCCCUGACUCCAGCAAGGGCUCUGACCCCAAGGCACACGGAACACCAGCACAUGCCCCCAUCCCUGCUCCAGCCCCGAUCUCCUCCCAGGCACCCUUGCGUCCAGAGGAUGACAUUCUAUACCAGUGGCGGCAGCGGCGGAAGCUUGAAAGGGCUCGAGGAGGGCAGGGUGAUGGAACCUGGGUGCUACCCCAGACUCCUGCCCUCACCACUCCAGUCCCUGUCCCUGUUUGUCGACAAGCUCCCGCUGCCCCUGCAGAGUCCCUUGCUUCCUUGGGAACCCAGCCUAAUUGCGUCCCACUUUGGAGCAGUGUGACCCGGCCUGGUCCCCUGGAGGCCUUCUAUAUGGAGAGGCCUCCUAUUCCGCCAGGGUUCUCUCCACACAUCUUUUGGGGCCCCAGCCCACAUGGGUUCUUCUGGGCCCCGCAGCCUGGUCCCUGGGUACCUGUCGGGGCCAUUCCUCCCACGCCCUUCGCCUCUACCCCUGCGCCUCCGGGUUCCACUCCGGUGCCCCAGGCCUCCAACGCGGCACCUUCAGCCUCCACCUCCCCGCCCCCAGCCGUCCCCCAGGAUCCGCCGGCUCUUGCGCCAAGCUGCCCCGCCCAGCCUGAGAAGCAGGGCCCCAAGCCUGGGAGUGGCAGAGCCCGGCGCCGCGAGUCCGCUGGGAGAGUCACGGCAGCUGACGAGGGUCCUGGCCUGCAGCUCAGAGGCGCCCUGGGCCAGGUAGUAGCCGCUCGGCUUUUCCCGGACAGCCUGGAGGACACGCCCCCUCACCUUGAGGGCCCACCUCUGGCAGAGACUGAAUCUCAGAAAGUCAAGGCCACACAGCCCCAAACCAAAGUUACACCCCCUCUAUCUGGAUCCCAUUUUCCCCAAGAACAGACCCCGCCUAGUCGGUCUAAAGCAGAGUCUCGGAUUGCCAAGGCCAAGCUCCCCCUAGCGAUGUCGGAGCCGAAGAAGGACAAAGACACUCCCUUGGCUGAAGCUGGGUAUCUGAAACCCAGAGUCCCGCCCCCUCCGGCUAAGGAGGUGUCCGCUUGCAUCGAGGCCCCGCCCCCUUCCUUCAGGGCGGGGUCUCUGGAGGCUGUGGCUACGCCCCCGUCCGCUGCUGACCACGCCUCCUCAGAUCUGCUCUGCCAGGCCGCCCGACUUCUAGAGGCUGCAGAGGACUCUGACGGCAGCGAGUUCCAGGACGACCCUGUACUGCAGGUGCUAAGAGUUAAGAGGGCCGAGCUGAGGCUGCAAAAAAGGAAAGUGGCCGCGCAGUUAUCGCUCUUACUGGACCACACUGAAGACCAAGCGACUUGGUCUCCUCCAACCAGAUCACCUUCCAGGUCCCCAGAGAGGCGAAUGCAAAAGGAAGGAGCUUCUCUUGAGACCAGACGACGCUGAAUUAUACAAAUUGUAUUUUUCCCAAUAAAAUGUUUUUUUC